AAUAAAUCCGACGGUCUCCAAAUGCAACAUUAGCAGAAGGGGAACAUGGCAGCCGGUGUUAAAGCUAAACAUGGAUUACUAAACAUCAGUAUAUCACACGUGUACAUUUUUUGUAGAAAAAUAGCACCUAAAAAUGUUUGUACCCAACGAGCAACUGAAAUACAAAGCGUGAGAGCUGUGAGCAAUGGGACCGUGGGCUCCGAUCACAGUGAAAAGUACUGCGUGGAUCUGGUCAGGUCCAGAGAUUAUGAAGGCUUCCUGUGCUCCCUUCUCCUCCCGAAGGAGGUGUGGCGCUCCUGUCUGACUCUGAAGGCCUUCAAUGUUGAGCUGGCUCAGGUGAAGGACUCGGUUUCACAGAAGACCAUCGGUUUGAUGCGAAUGCAGUUUUGGAAGACGGCUUUAGACGACAUUUAUCGCGAUGAGCCUCCAAACCAACCAGUCGGCACUGAACUGUGGAAGGCGGUGAAGAAACACAACCUGACAAAACGAUGGCUGCUGAGGAUCGUUACAGAGAGAGAAAAGGAUCUGGAUGACAGAGCUUACAGGACCCUUCAGGAGCUGGAGACUUAUGCAGAGAAGACGCAUUCGUCCUUGAUAUACCUGCUGUUGGAGUGUUUAGGUGUUAGGGAUGUCCACGCAGACCACGCUGCGAGUCACAUCGGUAAAGCUCAGGGAAUUGUAACGUGUUUGAGAGCGAUCCCCUACCACAGCAGCCGACGGAAAGUCUACCUGCCCAUGGACAUCUGCAUGCUGCACGGAGCUUCGCAGGAGGACUUCAUUCGUGGCAGCCGGGAGCAGAACGUGCGAGAUGUUGUGUACGAUAUCGCCAGUCAGGCUCAUGCACAUCUGCAACAUGCACGGUCUUUUAGCCACAACGUUCCAGCGGCUGCCUUCCCCGCCUUCCUUCAUACAGUGGGGUUGGAAGACUAUCUUCAGCGAGUGCGAAAGGCGGAUUUUGACGUUUUCCACAAGAGUCUGCAGAACAGGAACCCUCUCCUCCCCAUCCAGCUGUACAUCCGCUCUUGGAGGAACAUUUACUGACUUCAACUGAGCUCUUUGUCUGUCAUCAGAGUUUCUAUGCAGCCACUAUUUGAGCUGAAGACCAGAGACUUCACUUCUUCAAUUUCUGUCUGCAAGUGGCCAUUUAAGCAGGACUCUGAACAGGGACACUGCCAUUAAAGUCUUCCUUUCCACUGAAAUCCCACAAACUGUGCUCCUUAUACCAGCUUUUGUUAUUAGAGAAUUUGUUGUUGGAGCCAAGAGAACACCAUGGAAAUGUUUGGUCUAUUUAUCCAAAAAGGAUUGUGUUCAGAAAAUGUACAAAUACAUGUAAAACAUAUAAUCUGCAAGCUUAAAAGAUUAUCUAAAACAUUU